AUGUCAAGAGUUCUCUAUUUUAUUGGUGGUAUGUUUAAUCUAAGCACCUACUGCUGACUGAAACGAGUGGACUUACGAGUUUAUGACUUAAAGUUACGAUAAAAUAUAAGGCUAUAAUCAUUGUUAUUCAAUUUGCCUCCUUUAAUGCAGAUUCUCCGUUUGAAAACCUCCCUUGCGGCACCCGACAAAUGUCAAGGAUCGUGGCAGGUGAAAGUGCUAUUCCACACUCAUGGCCUUGGCAGGUAGAACUUCUUAUCAAGGAUGAAGCUAGCGGACAGUUCAUCUUUAAAUGUGGUGGAACACUAAUUACGCCUUUCCACAUUGUGACAGCUGCUCAUUGUGUCUUUGGUGUUCCCUUUCCAGAGUCAUAUGAAGUUCGACUCGGUAAGAGAACUUUUGAAAACUGACUAUAAUUAUUCAAAAGCCUUAUCUUCAUUCAUUGAAAUCUUUUCUCCUUAUUAUUAUUAUUAUUAUAAUUAAUUAAAAUCACACUAUGCAAAUCUUUGUCAAAUUUAAGAAUAAAAGGUGCUCAAAAAAGACAUCCCUGAUAGUCUGUUUUUUUGGGUUUUUAUUUUUUAGCCUUUCACAAACUUGCAAAAAUCAAAUUAUCAUUUUAGCCUUUUAAUGAUAUCUUUCUAAAAAAUCAGUUUUGGAGUGGGUAUAAAUAAGUUUAAGCAGUCUUCAACAUAGUCUUUUGUCUAAUUCAGGCAAAAGGAAGGGACUUUUCAAAACACGUACAUGUACCUGCAAUUUUAAAGAUUUUCAAUCAAACUUUAAUUAUAGAAUCACUUUUAGUAAAGAAUUACUUGAAUUCCAGGACUGCAACCACAUCAUUAAGUACUAUAGACCUGUUACAAAAUAUGCACAAUUUAACCAAGAUUUGGGUUGAUCAGAGGAGAGGACUUGAAAGAAUGAGAAAACCACUGCUCUCUUAACUUUUUGAGAAAUCAGGAUUGUAAGCUGGCAACUCAUUAGCUAAAAUUGUGUUAUAUUUAAAUUAUCUUUUACAGGUGUUCACGAUCGUUCAGUGUCAGAUCAAGUGCAAAGUAUUAAUGUCUCAGAGAUUCACAUUAACAAAUUAGCCAUGACAAAGGGGUUUGGCAAUGACAUUGCAUUGAUAAAGCUCUCUCGUCCAGCUGCCCUUAAUGCAAGAGUUGGUUUGGCUUGUAUGCCAAGUGGAAAAAAGACAGACCGAGUUAAGCCUGGCACAAUGUGCUACAUCACAGGUAAACAAUGAGUGGAUGAACAUUGUUAGGUCUAGUGCAUGUUAAUGGUCUAGUAAGGUCAAAGGGAGGAUUGCCCCCAAAAAAAACUUUUUUAUAACUCCUACUAUUUUUGCAACCAUAAUAUCAUUAUUUUCACCUUAAUCAACAUCACUGUUAUAGAAAAUCAAACUAAUUCCCUUAGCUUCAGGUGUCAAGGGUUCCUCUUAAGAUCCUUGCCAUACCCAGGGCUCGAAAUUAGCACUCACAAACUCGCGAAAUGCGAGUGGUUUUUCAAAGUUGCGAGUCUAAAAAAUAUCAUCUAGCAAACUAGGUUCCUUCUUUUGCUAGUAAAAAAAAUCUUUCUAGCAAAACUUUGCUAGUAGACAAAAAAGUUAAGUUCGAGCCCUGCAUACCCUGUAUGGGCAAGCUUUUUGUCAUUGUUAAUAUCAAUCCUUUUAACUCCUGAGAAUGACUGGCAUCUUAUUUCUCCUUAGAGUAUCACUGCUGAGUAAAACAUUUAAGUUAUUUGAUAUAGUAAAAGAAAUAUCAUGACCAACCAAGGAAGGCCAUUACAUUUUCCUUGUCUUGUACAUGUACCAUAAGGAAUGUAUAGACUAACAAAUAUAGACAGAGAAUAUACAUACCCUUGUUAGGAUGUAAGGGGUUAAUGUUACACAACAUUAUUACUAUAAUUAUUUUAUUUAUUACUCAUUAUUUUCCCUUGUUACUUUAAUCAUGAAAUUCCAAUGAAUAAUUAAGCCACAACAUCAAUCUGAUGGUCUUUCCCUGAUCAAUGCUUCUUACCACAACAAUAUUGCAUUGAUGAUAGAGAUAUGUUUCAAAUAAAGUAUGCAUUCUCAACAUGCUCUUUUUAGUUCAUCCUCAAUGAUUUUUAUCAGGCAUUUUAUCCCAAUUACACAGUAAUAGGAUUUAAUAUUAUUGUCUUUAGGGGUGGUUCAUUAUUUGUCUUUUUUUUUUUUUUAAGCAUUUCAUAUUAUUCCCUUAACCCUUUACAUCCUAACAUCAGUAAGCAUAUUCUCAAUACUAUUCUCUAAACAUUUCCUAAGGUGCUGAAAAGGUGAAUUUGUUAAAUGAUCAAGAGUUUUUUCAGCUGGAGAUUAUUUCCUCUAUUCUUGUGACCUUUAUGUUUGAUUCAAGGGUGAUACACCAAAGAGAAAUUAGAUGGUUAAAUUUUAACUGUUAAAUGCAAGCACUCAGUGUAGGUUUAAAAAACAAUUAGGAUUUUAUUUGUUCUCACACAAAUUAUUGUGAAAUGUUUGCUUACAAUUAAACUUAAACUUUAUCCAGGCUGGGGUAGUUCUACUUUCCAAGGCAGCAAAUCCCAAAUCCUUAUGCAAGCCAAGAUGCCCAUUGUUGAGUACAAUACCUGCGCUAAAGCCAACCAACCCCUUGGUGAAGUUGUGGAUUCACUGAUGCUAUGUGCAGGGUACGGUGGGAACAGCAGAGUAAGUGGAUGCCACGGAGACAGUGGUGGACCUCUAGUUUGUCAGGAUGAAUCUGGUUUAUGGACACUUCGUGGUACAGUUAGCUGGGGGGAUCAUUACUGUAAAGGAGGCCCAACCUACUCUGUGUUUGUAAGAAUCAAUAGUUAUGUUGAGUGGAUCAAAUGCAAGAUGACUUCACAACCUCUGCAACCACGUAAGUUUAAAAUUGAUGAACAAAGUUGAAGAAUUAUUUUCAUUUCAUAAAGAUGUCUCUCUUGAUCAACAAUUAAACACAUGACUGUUUAAGCAAAAUGCAUGGAAUUGCACUUUGUCAAUAACCAUUGGUUCAAUUUUAUUGCCUCAAGCUUAUUAUAAAUACCAUAAGAUAUUGACUUCUUUUUAACCAUGCACAAGGGCUGCAUUAGGAAAUAUUAGCCAGUGGUCAUUGAAGCACAAGCGCAGCAAGGUCCACAAAAUUUUUAGAGAGUAAUUUUUUAAAUGGCAUUUGGACUAACCUUGUUUAUUUUAUGUAUAAAAAGCACUUCUGGUUACUUGAAUUCAAAGGACUUCAGUGUCGUGACAUGUUUUUGAUGACACAAGCAAUUCAGAGAGAACAAACUUCCCAAACUUUCAGCAUCAAAUCAUAACUGAUGGUUUUCAUCUUUAGCUGGGAAACCAAAAUGUAUUGAUAAAAACCUCUAUACCAUUAUCUGAAGAGCAACUGCACCGAACUGGAUUGGAGUUGGCAAAUUCUCCUGCUUCAAAAAGAGGAUCUUAUUUGCUUAUGAUAUGAUGAAAUUUAGUUCCAUAGCAUUUUUUGCCAGAUGCAAGGCUUUUCCCUUGAAACAACCAACAGAAACUAAAUCAUUCCUUACUGACAAGUACCUGAAUAAUAAUUCAUCUAUUCACUUAAAAAAUUUGAUAAGGCUUUGUGUAUCAUAAAUUAAUGGAAAUCAAGUCCACCUAUUUUAAGUCUGGUUUUCACUAGUGACGCAAGCACAAGGGCAAGCACAAGGGCAUGUACAUGUACAUGUACAUGUACAUGUACAUGUACAUAACAGCUCUUAUUUCACUGCAAAACUGGCCUUGAUGCAAGCAUGACCACAAGCACAUGCAACAGCCAAGGAUCAAAAAUUUUCCUUUCUCACCUGCUUGUGCUUGUCAAGGUUUGUUUUCAUUUGGCAUGUUAACUUUAUACUUUGGUUUUUGCUUACACUUGUGCUUCCAUCACUAAUGAAAAGAGGGCUUUGAAUUAAGGUUAAUCACCAUUUUAUAGCUCAGACUCUAUGUCAGCUGCUUUUUGUGUUUGUUUUUUAAAUGGGAACUGAAAGAUGAUCUACUCUGGCUAUAGUUUACAAUCCCAAUGUUACAAAAAUCAAUGUUACUAUACAGAUUGUGUCUGUGUUAUCUGCCUCACCCUUGAACUCAGUCCGGCGGAUAACUCAGACCUCGGCAUUGAUAAUUCAUGAUAUCGUACUCAACCUCAUCCAAUAAUUUCUUAUAAACGUUAACUAAAACAUAUUUCUAGCACAAGGAUGUGUAGACACUCAUGACUACUGCAGCACUUGGGACAAAUACAACUUCUGUGAAAACUCCUACUUCGGCAAUAUGCUGAAAACGUUUUAUUGCAAGAAGACCUGCAACGCUUGCUGAUAAGGUAAACAUCAGUUUUUAAAAUGAUUCUGUUGGUAGUGUAUUUUGAAUUCAACAUAGAUAUAAAUGUCCGGAAUCAACACGCCGAGUGGUGGUUUGAAACAUAACAUUUUGCCUUCUUUGUGUUAUUAAUUUCAUUACAUACCAUUGCAUUACAUACCCUACUUCCAAUCCGAUUGAUAAGCUCCAACAUCAGUCUUUUUUUUCUGAAAUAUUAAGAGAUUUUUGACAUUAAAAUCGUCUCGCUUUUGAGAUUAAAUUUUAUUUAGUUGCGUGUGUUCGAGAAAAUCCCAUAGAAUGCCCAUCACUCGGUAGUCUGUGCAAAAAAACUAAAUCUCUUCCCCCUCACAUAGGCGCCAUCUUGCAGAAAAUAUCCCAGGCGUUUUAUUUUGUGACGUAGCAAUUUGAGGAAGACUAGGAACUAAACUUCCGGGCUUUACACGGGUGGGUGACAUACAUGUACAAACCAGAUUGAAAAAUUAUGUUGUUGAAUGAAUACAGUAAUUCCUCUCUUUGCAACGCAAAAAAUUAUAAUAUUUAUAAAACAGACUGCCUAGAUAUAAGGGUUAAUUGCAACAACGUCGAAAUAGCAAAGCGUGGAUUAAUGGCUUGAGAUUAAAGGCUUUUCUCUACGAGUUCUCAAUAUCAGGUUGAAAUUUUCAGUCAUCCCUGAAGGAGUUAAUAAAUAAUGGUAAUUGAACUGAGUGGAGUGCAAUUUGGGCUGAAAUUAUACGCGUGAUUUAAAAAUCGAACGAGCGCGCAGCACAAGUUCGAUUUGAAAUUAUAAGUAUGAUUUCAGACCAAAAUUGCACGACACGAGGUUCAAUUACCACUUUAUUACAUCCAUUUCGAAAUUACCGAAAUACAGGAUUUGGUCAGUUCAAAUAUUUUAUUGAUGCAGUACUGAGCCGGUCUGAAAUUAAACUCGUCCAUUUUUGGGGGGGAAAAAGUAAGAGUUAAGAAACAAAAGUUGCAAAAUUUGCCACAUGAUACUCUUUGUCUUUCAUUUUCCUGCAAUUUGAUCGGUUACUUUAAACAAACCUUAAAUCUGAUUGGUUUUGUUUUUUGUGUAGCCUCCUCGUUGGCUGGGAAAAAGAUGCGAUUUAAAGCAAAAAAUGGUGCGAUUCGUGAAUAAAUCGCAUAAAUUAGAGCCAAUCAGAUUACAGGGACCACCAGUGAUUUCAAAAUGGGUGUAAUAAAUGGAUAAAUUUACUGGUAUACUCUGAUUAUUAAAAACAAUUUCAACUCAUGAUGAUUUUUUUUUUUGUUUUAUUUGGAUUACAGUUACGUCCAUGUUCACCAUUUGACGAUAGAUGUUUCCCAAAGGAUUUCAAUUUAUUUUGCUUUUGGUCCAUGUUUGUUUGUAUUCUGAGUUAUACCAUGACAAUAAACAGAAAGGUUAUCUAGGGAAAAUCCAGACAGAUACCUUAGUCUAUUAUGACUUGCAUGUGGCCAUAAUGCACCUCAUAACGAUACGUAUAAAAUGAUUCUGACAUUUUUUUCUGCAAUCUUACCAUUUAAGAUGUUCUCAGUUAGAAAUUUCACGUACGUACAUUCUCUUUUUAACUAAUUUUGUUCUAAGUACGUAUUAAAACAAGAGCCCAUGGACUCCAGUUGAAAAAAAUGUCUCAUUACUCCAAAAGAUUGCAAGUCUUUGAGAGGAUGGUGACGAAAUUGUGAGUCGUUGAAGGUUUCAUAGAUGCUAGAAGCCAAUGUUUAAUUUUUUCCCAAGACGUUACCUCUGACUUGUGCGCAGCCACACCUGCAUGAUCGAAACUCAUCUUUCUGGAUGUCACUUCGGUUAUGCAAUGCAACACAAGUAUGAUGACAAUAUAAAGGCAAAAAGAUGAAGAAUGGAAUUAUAAGCGAAGAACAAAGGAAAAAAAAUCCUGAGCUUCGUGGACUGGAACCUUAAACUUUUGCGACUAUCGACGAAUUUCAAAGCUUCGCUAGAUGACUUGAAAAACAAGGCAAACUUUUUGGGCGGGCUUGUCGAUUUUGAAAGGAUGAUGGCAUUCACGCCAAUCAUCUGUCACAAGCGUGGGAAGCCCACUAAAAUUGUCAGUAUAAACUAUUGCACAUUUUCUUGAGUUCAAUUAUGGUUAGUUAUGUACAUUCAAAUGUUAUGAUUAAAAGCUUGAGGCUAUGAUUCCAAGCUGAGCACUAUGCAGCCCGCCCCCGCCCCUCUCCCCUUUUCCUUAUCAACCUACCUCGUUAAGCUUAACUGAAAUUUUAUUUUCGGCGAUAGUUAUUCAUGCGUAUCCCCCUACUGCGAAUUAAUUUCGAAUGUAUGGCCUCAAAUGUGAUGCGGGUAUAAUUUUAAGAUCAUCGUCAAUCAAUGCUGAGUAAAUGUUUACCUUGAUAUCCUAAAGCAUUAAGGGACAUUUGAUUAAAACUGAGGCCGUGUGCCACUCUAAAUGACGUUUUAACCACCCGUAAAGCCAUUUUCUAGUGUACUGUGCAUUUGUAUAAUAGGAAGAACCAAGCUGUCCAAAUAUGCCGUGUGACAACUCACAGUUAAAACUUCUCAGUCUGCAUUAGUCAAAAACUUGCAUUUGUAGUUUGAGAAGUUUGAUCGGCAACAAAUAAUUGCAAUGAUUUUAACACCUACAUCGUAAUUGAUUUUUUUUACAAAAACAGUAGACGUCACGCAAGAACAAUUCCAUACGGCCUCUUUUGAUCGUUCAUAUCCACAUUAUAGCUUUUAUAUCGGCCUUAUUUGUUUGAACAACUCCCUAGGAACGACAAAGAAAAGUCGUCUCACAAUGAUCAUUCACUAUGAAUGAUGUUGAUUUUGAGCCUAAAGCAAUUUUCAUUUGAAAGGAUUCUUUACUUAAAAUGAAACACGUAGUAACACUACUAGGAGCAGUAUUUUCAACAAGCAAAAUGGUAGUUGCGGUGGUGGUUUUUCUGGCAAUUUGCUUAUUGCAGCUCAAUCAAGGUGAGACAUUUCUGUAGCUUACUUUACGUGAUUGAAGAAUACAUGUAGGGACAGGCAUAUUUUUUUGAAGUGCAAAUUCGUCAUAUACCACGUCUAGUCGUCAUAUAAAUGUAAACUGGUUAUAUCUCUUAACUUAAGUGUAAAGAAGUAGAGUAAUUCCUUUCAAACUACGCAGUUCGCUCAUUCCUUUACCCCUGACGCGUGAUAGCGUUGAAAAAGCAAAAGAAAUCAAAGGACAUCGAAAAAGGCGUCAUGAAACAAACUGUUUUCGAGAACUGUAAAAUAGUCAGACACUCUAUGGAACUUUGACCAUCAAAAUUUGACGGUAAUGACUUAUAAAUCGAUGUUGUUUCACCUUUUUUAUUAUCAAGGGUUCUCUUUAAACGGAUGAAAAUGCUCUUUUAAACCGACAAUCUUAGUUACAAAACUAUUCCAAUGCCUCAUUCAUCACCCAAAUACAAAUAUUGUCGCACCUAUGUGAUUUGUCAUCGUACUCCUAACCUAAGCGUUUCAUUGAAAAACGUUCAAGUUGUGCAUUAAGAAAAAGUGGCUAGUGUAGAAUCUAACGUUUGUAGCUAAAAUGAGUGUCUAAUUACCAAAUUGGUAUGUUUUUUUUCUUUUCUUUUAUUACUUUAUCUCGGUUUCUUUCCCACUUUAUCUCCAACCUUCAACAUUUCUUAACGUUAUAUUUGUAUCAUUCAUUUGCACUUUCCUCUUUCUUAUUAUUUCUGUGUAUUUAUUUUUUUGCCUUAUCAAUGAUGCUCUAUUUACCUUUUAUCAAUUAAUUUUUUUCGCUGAAAGCGUCCUCAUUUAGCGGUUGUGGACAGCGAAAUCCGUCGUCUCGCAUUGUUGGAGGAAAGGAAGCCAAACAAGGUUCCUGGCCCUGGCAAAUAGAGCUCCUAGUGUCACAACCAUCAGCUGACAAUGACUUGAAACCAGUCUUCUCUCAUCGUUGCGGAGGAACCUUAAUUGAUCUUCAAUGGGUGGUGACAGCUGCUCAUUGCGUUUUCAUGUACCCCACCCCAGACCAUUAUAAAGUUGUCGUAGGUAAGUAAACAUAGUAGCUUAUAGUCCUCCAGUUCCUUCUCUUCGUGGUCAGGCGUUCGAUAUAAUUUAUGUUUAGAAAUGUCCCUACAACUUUAUCAGUAUUUUUCAUCCCUUCCUCAGCUAAUACGCAGUCUCUGUCUCCAUAUGCUUCUCCUGGUCCUUAAUUAUAUGCCUCUUCUUCUUUUCUGUGAACUGAUUUAUGAGAGUAUAUUUGACUUCUUUAGUCAGGAGUGUUGAGUUGUUCAGAAAGAGAAUCAAUACCAUUCGUGUACCAUGGUUAAUUAAGUACACUCCAAAGAGGGGUAAAGCCGCCUCAGCUGACGGCUUGUGUAUGGGCAACUAAUGACAGGAUCGUAUUUUAACAGGACAGACACAUCGAACUGAAGUAAAGGAGCCUUACGAGAACAAAGACGUAUACGAUGUGGCAAGCGUAAGGAUCCACGAAGAAUAUAUGACUCAUGGCUACGGCUUUGAUGUUGCGCUGGUGAAACUAGCAAGACCUGUUAUUUUAGAGCCUGGAAGAGUCUGGCCAGCCUGCCUUCCUGAACAAGGAAAGCGGGUGUCUGUUGGAAAAUUAUGUUUCAUCACUGGUAAGUUUCAGAGUGUAAAUAUGUUAGCCAAAACUACCUAAAAAAGUGCAUAAUUUCACUCCGGGUCCUUGUUAGUGAAAAUAACACUUUACUUACAGUAUGGAACAAUCUGCCCAAGAGUGUUAAAUGUACUGACUCUUUUCCAAGUUUUAAACUAGUUUUAAAGAAUAUUUUUAAGGAGUACUGAUAUAUGGUUUUUAAAUAUAAUUAUCAUAUGCAUUGGGAUAUAACUACAAUUUUUUAAAUUCUUUUAAUAUCAUUUUUUAUAUUGCAAUUAUAUUCUGAAAAGCCUCAAUCGGAGAAUUCAAUAAAGCAUAGUUAUGAAGGAGCUGUAUUCAUUUGGAAACAACACGAUAAGGCUUUCAGUGGAGAUAUUUAUUAAUAGUACACGUGAAUGAGUGAGGCAUGUGAGAUGAACUUUCUAAUUGUCCUUGAAUUCGUAAAACAGAUUCAAUGUGACAAAUACCUGCAGGCCUUUCUCACCAGACUUACGUAUCAGCAAAAAAUACAAAUACCAGACUUAACUCCCCUGUCAAGAUUUGUACCUCGAAGCUUCCUCUUCGGAUAAGCCUAGAAUGGACAACUUCCUAAUGUUACUACAGUAAUAGAUUGCUUUCGCAAGUUACUUCAGUGCUUAGGUUUGAACUUGAGAGUCCACCUUCCUACGCUAUGGUCCGGCGGCACGCUCACCUUAAUUACUUUUACGUUGGACCUCGGAACCCCGGCCUCCCUUUCUCUCCCCUUCAUUUCCUCUCCCUCCCCCUCUCCAUAAUCCCCGUGUAGUAGUUAGUCUCUCCAACCAAACAUCAAACUGGUCAGUGGUGUGUCCUUGAAUAAGGUAAUCUUAAGGAUGAACUCCUUAGAAAUCUGAAGAAGCUGUUUAGUAUCCAGGUAGUGGAAUCGUGCAUACUGAAUACUGUUCACGCUCUAUCGUUCUAACUUCACUCUUUUCUUUUGCCCAAGGCUGGGGCAAAACAUCGUCGAACUUGAACUCUGACUUCUCGAAAGUUCUUAAACAAGCUAAGAUGCCAGUUGUAGACUACCAGACCUGUGCUGCUGGAAAUGCCAACUUGUCUUACGCCAAAGUGAACGAUGAAACUAUGUUGUGUGCUGGUUACGGUGGAAGUAGCGUGAUCAGUGGUUGCCAUGGUGAUAGCGGGGGACCUUUCGUCUGUCGGGAGCGCAGACUUUGGGUCUUAAGAGGAGCUGUAAGCUGGGGAGACCAUCGGUGUAGAGCUGGUUCGACAUUCUCUGUUUUUACUCGGAUCAGCACAUUUGUGGAUUGGAUCUCCGCCACUAAAAUAAAACCAGAACAUAUGCCUGGUAAGAUAAACAGGAUCUUUAUAAUUCCUUCUUUGUCGAUUAAAAUAAAUUUAAUAGAGAAUGUCAAAGUUUUGAUCCAACAAAGUGUUACAGAUACCAAGAACUGAACAUUUCAAAUUUACUCUUGCCAAUUGCAAAAGGAUCCGUUGAGAAUAGUAAGUGAUUUAUCCAUUACAUUCUGCAAUUUACACAAAACUGUAAAUGGUUAACUUAAACCCACCAAAGUUGAGAACAGCUUUCUAAUCAAACUUUCCCAUGUAUAUUAACUCCGCCUGCCUUCCUCCCCAUAGGCGAGUCUUGCGAUGAUGACUUGCUGCAUUGUGGAAAGUGGUCCAAGGAAAAGUUUUGUGGAAUACCAUGGUAUAGGAACUACAUGAAGUUAUUCUGUCGCAAGAGCUGCGGACACUGUUCCAAUUAAGCCUUCAGCUCUUUCAAAGGUGUGAGCCACUUUGCGAAGGUCCUGUAUAUGACUUUCUUGAUUUUCCCCGUGAUGAAUGGGGCUUGAGCUUAAGUGAUAGACUUCAUCUUUCAAUCGCGUUUGUCUUUAAUUUUUCAGGUUCCAAACAUGGAAAGACAGAUAUUGUAUAAGGAACCUACAUUUAAAACAGUUCGUCUUGUUAGGGGCAUGGAAAAUACGUGAAGUUACAAUAAGUUACAAUAAAGUGACGCAUGACAACUACAGUAAAAUGUGAUAGACGUUAGUAGAGAGUUGUAACGUGAACCGGAAUAAAAAGCAACAAAACCUGAAGCAACACAAAUAAUUUUCAGAACAGCUUUUUUUCUGUAUAACCAAUUAAGCUAGAUCUGUAUUUACAUACCUCUUUCUUGGCUCAAAUUUGGUUUUACGGGCAAAUUUUAAACUCAAAUUCUCUGAUACAUGGCAAUUGUAAAACAGUGGAUCAUUAAGUGCAAGCUAUCCACAUGUCAUCAUCUCGUUGCAUGAAUUGAGUAAGAGAACAUAAAAUAACUUAAUAUAAGUGAUGUCACGUCAGAUAUACGCAUUCAGAUAAGUGAAAGUCGUCGUGACUGUAACUUCGUCAGGGGUCACUAUUGUAUCAGCCGGGAAGGAGUAGCCAGUCAAGAUUCAUUACGUGUGUAUAGGCGAUAUCUUUGCCGCGCUUCUCUCCUCGCGCAUGUCUCGCUACACGUGCUCGCCUCGCGUUUCCGUUGCAUACUCAAGCCCGUCCAACGUCGAUUUGGUGCGCCACGCAAUCCAAGAUGGCGCUUCGCAAAAUUUUUUUUGGGAUCACUUUCUAAAAUAGCUUAGACACCAGGCUCAAUUAGGUAACCAAGCCUUCUGAUGACAUAUUGCCAAUUCUUCACUCACCUCCCUUGACUGGUUGAAGUGCGAUUGGAGGGGGACAGGGAAGGGAACAUUCUUGUUACUUGCGCGGGAAAAAACAAAUGGGAAGUUAUCUAUUAACCUUUGUUCUUGUAAUUUUCGCGGGAAAUAAUAUUACCUUAUCUCGCUGCGCCCCGGUCAUAUAGGACUUCUCUGCCUUUGGCUAAAAUACGCUUUCUUCGUUAAUUCGAAACACUACUCUCGGUCAAAUGGAACCAAAGGGAAUUUCAAACCUAGGAAAUACUUGUUUUCUGAAUAGUGUCUUACAAGCUCUGCUCUCAGUGACAUGUUUUUCCGAAGGACUCGCUGGAUUGCAGCACAAUCGCAAGAAGUGCACCUCAUCGAGAACAGGUCUACCACUUCCAAAAUGCAUUAUCAGUUUCCCCAGAUGUCCAUGUCCAGGCAGUCCAGGGGUGCAUUAUUUCAUGACAACGUACUCUAACAAGUUGGGUAUAUAUAUAUAUAUAUAUAUAUAUAUAUAGUUAAUAUCACAGAAGCAAAUAAUUUCUGGUGUUAUCGCUAAUUGAGAUAUCAGAUCAAGAAAGUAUAAGCUUAUAUUUUAGGUAAAGGGCUUUUCGAGUUAUAUUUAUUUGUACGUUGUAAAAUUACAAAGCAAAACACUAAAUUUAGGUAGUAAAACACUAAAAUACUCACUUACCUUUCGGUCUCAAAACGUUUUUCACUUUACUGCUUUAAAAAUUUGAGAUUGUGUUCAUUACACGCCGAUAUUUCUUGUAAUUCUCCCGUGUGACGACAUGAACUAAUGGCAAAAAAAGGUCACGUGUAUUGCUGCUUCUAGCGUUACGUUAUAUUUUCAUUGUCACGCUAUCGGAAUGCGAACUGAGUGGCACUGUUGAGUGAUCCAAUUUCUCCAGUUUCUGUCUGUACUUAUGGGAUAGAGAACCGUGAUCGUAUUGUAUUUACUGUGGCUAACUGCAUCCAUCUACAUAUGGAGAAAAAAAGUUACACCAUACUUCAAUUAGCAGUUAUUUUCGUGUCGUGUCUUGGCUUAGAAGGUUUGUGACAUGUUAUUUCUACUGAUUCAGUACAGCAUUAAUUACGCACCUCUUGUUUGAUUUACUAGUCUUUCUGAAACUCGAUUCUCUCCUCGAACACAUUUUCUUAAAUUCGUUGGCACUUCUUUGAAGUUCUGAGCUUUCUAUUAUCACUGAAUUGAAAACAAAAGGGUUUGCUUCGAUCUUGCUAUCGUUGUAAUGAUUGUCGAUCCAAUUGUCGUUGAAUCGAUGAAGUAAGGAUCACGAAAUGCUUUCCUGUUGAAAAAUUAAACCGGAAUUGUGUGCUCAUUUUAAUUUUAGAUUAAACUCGCAUCAUUCCUUGCUAUCGAUAUCUCAUGACAACGAAAUCUUUGUCAGGCAAUUUUACUAGUCUACUUCAUCAUCGGCCGACUUUGUUCCCACUCAAUGUGUUUACUCAUUAAACAGUCGUUGUGUUUUGCAUGACACAAAUCUGCCCGAAAAUAAACGCAAAAGACUCUUGUCACCUCUCACUUGUUAGCUGCAUCAAUUAAUGCAGAUUUAACACAAAUUUGCGCAAGAACUAAACGGCAAACAUGCUCUGCCCAACGACCUGUAUUAUGAUUCUCAUGUGUCACUUGCGAUUAGAUAACGGCGUAAUAAGUGACCAACAGUCUAUAGACUGCACGAUUUUACGCCACUAUCUGUGUCGGUGUACAUAUUGUAAGAUUUUAAGCCUACUAACGGUGUAAAAUCUCUUUGUAUGUAUAUAUACCGACUGAAAGAAAUUACGCCGUUCGUUAUCGGUGUAAAAUCUUACGGUAUAUAUAUAUAUAUAUAUAUAUAUAUAUUACCGUCAAAUAUUACGCCGUGAGUUACAGGCGUAAAAUCUUUAAGUAUAUAUAACACCGACUGAGCCAAAUUACGCCGUUAGUUUCUGGUGUAAAAUCUUUCAGGUUGAAAAUAUACCGACUGAAUUAAAUUUUAUGUGAGUUGCUUUAAUACGUCAUAGGUCUUCAAUGAGAUGACAUGAAAAAUAUACACAUUUGUCGAUGUCUUGCAAGCUGUAUCAGUAGAAAGUUUGAGUCAGGUUAAAUGUCGUCAAAAGUCUUUGUUGAUCAGCCUCAUUAUUUUAGGUGUCGCAACGACAAAUUAAUCCAUAUAAGACCUUGUUUCUGUAAUUGACAAUCACAGCAGAGCUGCAUAAUACCUGUGAAUAAAUGUAUGUAUAACGUUUCAAACUUUCCGCAGAGGUUUAGAGAAGAUUUCAACUUCUCGAAGAAAUCUGAAUAGUUUUAUACUGUGAUAACCAGCCGGACAGUAAUGGACAAUAAUACUCUACCAGAGCUUAAAAUGAACGCUCAAAAUGCAAACGGUUCUACAGUCUCUGUGUAGUGAUAUUAAUCAUUCAUUGAAGCCAGCUUUCAUAUUGCUCACGGCAAUAGCUACUUCCGAAGAGGAGCGAAAAUUAAAUGCGAUGGGUAUUUAAUUAGUUAAAUUAAUUAGUUUAAAUAGCUCCUUAAUUACAUCUCUAAAUAGCAUGAUCCUAGUAAUUACUGGAUUCCUAAAUGCAUGUGUGGCGUUAUGUAAUGUGUCACGUUAGGUCGAGUGUGUGACAUCAUGACGUCAACAAAAUCACAUGAUAUGCGAGAAAAACCUCGUGCGAGAUAGUGUUUUUCUUUUGGUACUGAACUUUUACAGUGGACCGAUACUGUAUGAUUGUAGAUGUUUAGAUUCGGUCGGAUUAUUAACUGGUUCCGGCACAAUAAGGACAAAUUGCUAUUUAAAACGGACAACACAUGUCAAUACAUAUUCGAAACUUAAACAGUGAUCAUAUUGGACAGUGGAAUGAGACGGGUCUCCUUGGUGAGAAACAGGAAGCGAUGAUCAAAGUGUGAUAACCAGGUUGUUGACAACUCAGUAAAAGCUAGCCUGAAAUUAUAUAAUUAUCUAUAGAAAAUUACCUACCUUCAAAAAAAAAAAAAAAAGGGCAAAACAAAACAGAACAAAAGCAAAAAAAGAAACGCCUGGGAUAGGUAAAAAAUGAUAAUUCUUGCAAAAUAAUUGAAACCUGAUCCUUGUUAUCAACCUAAAGACUCGAGAAAUACGAUAAAGAGUCGGGAUGCAUAGGGCUGUAAAAGUAAAGGAGGCGGGAUAAAGUGGUACUCGGCGUAAUUUCAUUCAGUCGGUGAUAAAUAUACUGUUAGAUUUACGCCAGUAACUAACGCCGUAAUAUCAUUCAGUCGGUGUUACAUAUACUGUUAGCCGAUUAUACGUCAGUAACUAACGCCAUAAUUUCAUUUAGUCGGUGUAUACACAUACUGUAAGCCGGAUUUUACACUGGUAACUAACUACGUAAUUUCUUCCACUCGGUAUAUUUACAUACUGUAAGAUUUUACGCCGUUAACUGACGGAGUAAUUUUGCUUAGUCGUGAUAUACAUACUGUAAAAUUUUAUUGCGGUAACUAACGGCGUAAUUUGGCUCAGUCGAUAUAUAUAUACAUACAGUAAGAUUUUACGCCGUUAACUAAUGGCGUAAUUUUUACAGUCGGUAAUAUAUAUACUGUAAGAUUUUACGCCGUUUACUAAUGGCGUAAUUUUUUCUAGUCGAUACUAUACACUGUAAAAUUUUACGACGUUAAGUAACGGCGUCACUUCUUCCAGUUGGUUGUAUAUGUAAUAUGAAUUUUACGCCGUUAAUAUAAUUUUAUAUAUUAAUUUUUUAUAAUUGAUAUACCGACGCAGAUAGUGGCGUAAAACAUGUAAAAUCGAACAGUCUAUAGACUGUGUUAGUCACAUAUUACGCCGUUGUCGAUAUUUCCUUGUUCGGUUUAGUUACGCAGCGCGUUGUCUUCCCCAACAGCUGCGAGUGUGUUUAACUUCCCAGAUCCAAAAAUGAUUUCUCUUACCGCUGUACUUCCCUUUGGGAAUGAAAGAUCUGAAAUAAAGCCGUCGAGUCAAAGGAAAGAGCACAUGAAUGUAGUAAGCAGGAAAUACCCACAAUCACUCUGUGUUACAAGGCGUGUGCAAUAUGAAAGUGCUUUACUUAAAGGAAAGUAUAUUUUAACCACAGACUGCGGUCGUAGACCUCCGCUACCACGAGUAAUUGGUGGUGACGAAGCUAUUCCACACUCUUGGCCUUGGCAAGCAAGGAUCAUUCUCCAGGACAAAGAUGGAAAGUGGAACCAUAAGUGUGGUGCGUCCCUGAUUCAUCCAGAAUGGAUCGUCACCGCAGCCCAUUGUGUGGCGUUCCACCCGGAUCCAAGGAUAUAUGGGGUCAUUCUAGGUUUGUCUUAAAAUAUGUGUCAGACAAAUAAUGCACCGCUGAAGCAAUACGCACCCAUAAUGGUUAGGCAUAGGAUUUACGGCUAAAGCUGUCCCUGAAAUUCUGUACUAUGUUGUUCCCUUCUUCAGUGAGACAAGGCGAAAGGGUUUAAUUUGCAAGGCUACAAUGAUUUAAAAGCAAUUUAUCUGUGAGCAUAAUUCUCCCUUUUUUUCAUUGGUUACCGAGAAGAGGGCUCAAAGAGAAGCUCCUCAUUGAAAUCUGUCCAACACCUUUAUUUCUUUAAGAAAGUAUAGCUUCUUGCUCUGGGCCUCACCGAAACAAUAUUUAUCUUUUUCGGUCCACUUGGUAGACGCAUUCACGACUUGUUCAAUACAGAAAUGCACUUCGGCCGCCGAGGUUACAAUGAGCAGUACAUUCAAAAAUUUGGUUUUCCUGGCGGCUCCCAAAAUUUAUCCAGCUCAGAUGACCAACGAAUUAUAGAAGACGCGUUAGUCACAAAAUGCUCAAUAGAAUACUUCACCACAUACACCUUCCCCCCAUUCCAUCCGAAAUUCAUUUAGCGAAGGCAUAUUACAGUUGAAGCACGGUCUAUAAAUGUAUGAUAAAUAUGCAGUCAGAUAAAUAUAUGUCUGACGGUUUAUUUAUUGAUUAAUUGACAGGAGAUCAUGAUUGGGCGAAAAAAAAAGAACCAACAGAACAGUAUUUCGAGGUUUCACAGUUGUACGUAAACAGGCUAUAUCAAAAGUUCUCGGGAUAUGGUCACGACAUUGCGCUUAUUAAACUGUCAAGACCCGCGAUUCUUAAUAAAGAUGUGAAUCUUGUAUGCCUUCCAAAGCAGAACAACAGAGUUGCUAUUGGCAAGAUGUGUUACUUGACAGGUAUACACGUAAAUUUACCUAUUAUAGCAUAUUUAAGAUAAGCGAGUCUGAAUGAAAGUAUGUAAACACGGUUGUGACUUCGCCGCGCUUUCUGUGUUUACCAGAAAUAUUUUAUAAGGGCAUUAAGGGACUUUUUCAUGUUUACAUAACCUCGUGUGUUGGGAGAAUUUCGAAAGUUAUGCAAACCCGCAAACGUAGUUUUCCUCUCAACUGCUUUUUUCAAACGAUACCAGUCAUGUUUCUUCCAUAAUUUACGUUUUGUUGUCUUUCUUGGACAGGCUCUUAUAUUUUCUGUGUUUGACUUUGUUUUGUUUUGUUCGUCGUUCGUAGUUCGUCGUAUUGUUUAGUUAAUGUUUAAUGUAAAUAGAGUGUAAGAAAGGACGGAGAUGAGUUAAAAUCACACACGUUGGACAUAUAAUUUCGAUUUCCAAUCUUUCCUAGGAUGGGGAGUUUGGAAACCUGGAGCUCCCCCGUCCGAGAAAGCUCCAAAACUGCAGCAAGCUCGAUUACCCACAGUCAAUUUUUCAACAUGUUGGAUUGGAAAUUCUUUUUUCCAGCCUAUCGACGACGAAACGAUGCUUUGCGCAGGUUUUGGUGAAGGAAAAACUAUAAGUGGAUGCAAUGGUGAUAGCGGUGGACCUUUUGUAUGCGAGGAGGAUGGAAAAUAUGUUUUGAGGGGUGCUGUGAGCUGGGGGAUACCCGGAUGUCCAGGCGGAAGACAUUUUUCGGUUUUUGCCCGUGUGAGUUCUUUUGUGGAAUGGAUUGAAGAUCAUAUAAAAAAUAGCGACAUCUAUUAACUUAUCGCUCACGUAUCCCUAUUAUCUGAGUAUCUCAAGUAUCUUAAUGUCUUUAGUUCCCGUAAGAUUAUUUUCCAAGUGUGCAAGCUGAUUUCAAUCACAAAGGAAGCAACGAUUUUGAGUAUCUCAGGGGUAUGGUACAGCGACUACCUGCUCGGCUUUCCAGACAAAUGUUUAUAUAGCGUCUCUUAUUCUUGUUCGCUGUUUUAGAGGCAUUAGUGGGAGUUUUCCGAAGAAGAUUCCCUUCUAAACGUCUUCUAGGAAUUUAGGAGCAUACCGCACCAGAUUGUAUUAUUUUUCAAUUACUGUUACCUUAGCAAAUCAGGGGCAGUAAGGAGUGAGGGGAGCCAACUUCACUUCCGUACCCUCCCCUCCCUACUCGGUCACUUUGUAAUAGAUGUAUUGACGAAACUUGAAAACUAGCCGGCAAUCAGAGCAUCAGGUCUCUCGACACGAUAUACCUUGAAAACGACUCCUUCUUCAUUGAAGCAUGUCUUUUAUUUAGUUUAUCAAUUACUUUUAUCAUUGAUAUAGAACAGUGGGAUCACUCCUUCUCUUG